UUCUUCUCUUCCAAAACGUCCAGAGAACACUGUCGUUUCGCACUCUUCCAUUCUCUGUGGACCCGUUUCCACCGAUCUCCGGACAACAACUCAAAACCCAAAAACGGUUCAUCAUCACCCAGGAGAAUCUCGUCUCCUUCAUUCUCCCCACCGGCGCAGCCAGAUCCUCUAGCUCAGCCCCAUAUCCUUCCCCCAAGGAAGCCUCUACCUCGCAGCAGGCCUCCCAUGAACUCCCGAAUCCAGUCAAACGCUCAUUUUCUUUCACCUCAGUAGCAAAACCAGAGACACCCAGCUCUCUCCUGUCCAUCUCCCUUUACCACCAAAUCACAUCUCUAGCAAACAUCCCUUCGCUCGAUAGCCAUUGCAAAUGGUAGCAACCAGCACCUCCAUGAGAAAUAUAGCUCACAUUCUCAUCUUUCCCAUACCCAUUUAGCAGACUCGAUCCAUACUCGCGACGGUCCCUUUCCCUCACCGACAGCCUCUCUUUCAUCCUUGCAGAUCCUCAAAAAAAAAAAAAAAAACAGAAACCCAGCAGUCCAACGAUUUCCAUCCAACCACACGUCGUCGCCAGCGUCCUCACCAUAGUAGCUCUCGGGCCCUCUCAUUUCACAGACACAUAUCGCGCUAGACAGCCGGAACUGGACAGAAGCCUUGCGCUCCAAACAGAGGAGAUUUUCCUUCACAAUCUUCAUCAUCUAUUCCUCGGGCCAGGAAAUUGGGGAAGGACGCUGGAGCACCGGCGAAGCUGCCCUGAAGAGCCGACGGGUGUCCGAUUGGCUAGUGCUCUUCACGGGCCGCGACAAGGUUCUAACACCGUCCCACUCGUCGGCGAGUGAAGGCGCGUCGCCUGUCCAUCGCUGCUCUAGUCAUCCUCGCCGGAGUCGCCUCGCAGCCCCCGCAUCAAAUCUGUGGUUCAUUUGCCGUUUGGGUGUUGGGUGGAGGUGUUUUUGGUACUGUUCACACGUCCGGAGAGCAAGAAUAUAGAGAUACUCAUUCCCUCCUUCCUUUCAACUCCACCACCAUUCUGUCAUCCUCCUUCUCCAUUCAGGAAGCAGAAAGCAAAAGAUGGAGACUAUAAAUUCAAGACUUGGAGAUAGGGAUGGGGAGACAAAUGUUUCAAUUGCUCGUGGGGGGCCUAUUUAUGUUCCCAACUUAGUGGGCCCUCUCACUAGGGUUCCUGACUUUGAGUCUGCUCUGUUUCAUGAACUUCAGGAUUUGAAGGAUGAAUUAUGCUCGCAUGCUUCUUCACCCUCCAUUGACGAUGAUAUUUCGGUUGAUGAGCUUAAAAUUUACAGCGACGAGGAUUUGGUGGAGAUGGCCUUGAAGGAAACUCUGGAUGAUGAGAAGAAUGGAAGUUCCUUGCUGCCAUACUCAGAGGACUUGAAUGGUAGAGUUGCAAGCAAUAAUACAGAUUUGGAAAGCUGUAGAGUAGGAGAUCCUUCAGCUGCUUUGGAAUCAUUGAAUGCAGAAACUUGUUGCAGUGGAACUAUUGUUAACAACAAAUUAAGGAAGAGAAAAAGACCUUUGAAAUUUUCUGAUGGGUCUCAUAGCAGAACCAGCUCAAGUGGAACUAUCAUUAACAACAAUUCGAGGAAGGGAAAAGGAAAGAAGGCAAAUAAGUGUGAUAUUGACGAGAGUUGCUUUGCAAAGGUGGAUAAACUGUUGAAAAUCAAACACAAGCAGGAUCAAGACAAAGCAGCUGUCGGAUUGCAUUCAUUCAAUUGCAGUGUCAACAAGGAUGCCAUCCCGUCCAUGGAGUCCAAGAGUGCUGAAAGGUUGGAAAUUCUAAGAUCUACAAAUUCUGGGAAACAGCAGUUGAAGCCCUCAAAUAUUCAAGAAUAUAUACCAGUACGUCAUCCAGAGGUUGUCCUUUGUGUUGAGGUUUACCACAACGUACGACACUGGUUAAAGACACAAGAGUUCUUGGUCCUAGGAAGACAAAUGUUAACCGAAAUGAGGGACAGGAUUUAUUGCAUGACAGAUCAAGUGAUGCAAAAGGCCGGGCAGUAUGAUCUAUCUGGAUAUUUUCUCAUAGAAGAUGUGUUUUGCAAUGAUACAAGGGAUCCAUCUGCAAUAGAUUAUAGUAUACCUAUUAUUGAUUGGCUUAUGAACUCAAAGGAUGAUGCUCUAAGAAAAUGGGAAUGUGUCAUAAAUGGGGAGUUACAACGAAAGCAGAAAGCAGUUAUAGGUGAGGUAACAACUUCGCAGAUACCCCAAUUCAGACGUGUUGACAUGCAGAAAACGCGGUUUUGUGACUUGAGAUUUCGUCUUGGUGCCGGAUACCUCUAUUGUCAUCAGGGAGAUUGCAAGCAUACCAUUGUUAUCAGGGACCUGAGAUUGGUUCAUCCUGAGGAUGUCCAGAACCGGGCAGCUUAUCCAAUAGUAAUUUUCCAACUAAAACUGCGUGUCCAGAAAUGCAACGUUUGCAACAUUUUCAGGGCUACAAAGGUGACAGUGGAUGACAAAUGGACUCCAGAUAAUCCUUGCUAUUUUUGUAAUGACUGCUAUUACCUUCUUCACUACUCUCAGAAUGGUUCUCUACUGUAUAAUGACUUUUCAACUUACGACUAUCUUCACGACUAAUUGCUUCAGUAGCUUGUGUUAGUACGUUUUUGAACUUGCAAUUUAGCGAACCUGUGCUUUUUUGGCAACUGUAGGUUUAAUUGUAGCGAUAAAUGCUAUAUUAAAUUUCUUGACUUGACAUAUUACUGCUGUAAGUUAUUGAAGGGGGUUCUGCUGGCUGCUUGAUUUA